AUGACCAUUCACUCUGAAGAGAAAGCUUUCACCUGCUCCGAGUGUGGAAAGAGUUUCAAAAUGAAGAGGAUCCUUAAACAACACAUGAAAAUUCACACUGGAGUGAAACCUUUCACCUGCUCCGAGUGUGGAAAGAGUUUCAAAAUCAAGAAGAUCCUUAAACAACACAUGAAAAUUCACACUGGAGAGAAACCUUUCGCCUGCUCUGAGUGUGGAAAAGGUUUCACAGUGAAACAAAACCUUAAAUAUCACAUGAGAAAUCACACGGGAGAGAAACCCUUUACCUGUCCUGAGUGUGGAAAGAGUUUCAUUGUGAACAAGAGUCUUAAACAACACAUGAAAGUUCACACUGGAGAGAAGCUUUUCACCUGCCCUGAGUGUGGAAGGAGUUUUGCUUUUAAACAACCCCUGGAGAAACACAUGAGAAUUCACACUGGAGAGAAACCUUACAUAUGCCCUGAGUGUGGAAACAGUUUCAGAGACAGACAAAAUCUUAAUGUUCACAUGAGAAUUCACACUGGAGAAAGGCCUUACGUCUGCCCUCAAUGUGGAAAGGGUUGCAGAUUGAGACAAAACCUUCAGAAUCACAUGAGAAUUCACACUGGAGAAAAGCCUUUCAUUUGCCCUCUGUGUGGAAAGAGUUGCAGAAUGAGACAAAACCUUGAGAGACACAUGAGAAUUCACACUGGAGAGAGGCCUUAUACCUGCUCCGAGUGUGAAAAGAGUUUCACAAUGAAACAGCGCCUUACGAGACACAUGAGAAUUCACACUGGACAGAGGCCUUUCGCCUGCUCCGAGUGUGGAAAGAGUUUCAAAAUGAAGAGGAUCCUUAAACAACACAUGAAAAUUCACACUGGAGUGAAACCUUUCACCUGCUCCGAGUGUGGAAAGAGUUUCAAAAUCAAGAAGAUCCUUAAACAACACAUGAAAAUUCACACUGGAGAGAAACCUUUCGCCUGCUCUGAGUGUGGAAAAGGUUUCACAGUGAAACAAAACCUUAAAUAUCACAUGAGAAAUCACACGGGAGAGAAACCCUUUACCUGUCCUGAGUGUGGAAAGAGUUUCAUUGUGAACAAGAGUCUUAAACAACACAUGAAAGUUCACACUGGAGAGAAGCUUUUCACCUGCCCUGAGUGUGGAAGGAGUUUUGCUUUUAAACAACCCCUGGAGAAACACAUGAGAAUUCACACUGGAGAGAAACCUUACAUAUGCCCUGAGUGUGGAAACAGUUUCAGAGACAGACAAAAUCUUAAUGUUCACAUGAGAAUUCACACUGGAGAAAGGCCUUACGUCUGCCCUCAAUGUGGAAAGGGUUGCAGAUUGAGACAAAACCUUCAGAAUCACAUGAGAAUUCACACUGGAGAAAAGCCUUUCAUUUGCCCUCUGUGUGGAAAGAGUUGCAGAAUGAGACAAAACCUUGAGAGACACAUGAGAAUUCACACUGGAGAGAGGCCUUAUACCUGCUCCGAGUGUGAAAAGAGUUUCACAAUGAAACAGCGCCUUACGAGACACAUGAGAAUUCACACUGGACAGAGGCCUUUCGACAGACCAGAAAACCCACCAGCUAUUGAAUAUGUGAUAUAGUCAAUCUGUUUAAAUGAUUAGGCCAUUUGACACAAUAAGACUAAAUGGAAUACCGUAACUGAGAGUUUUUACUAUUAGUUUACUUGCAGCAACUGCAGUCAUAAUCUUGAUGAUUCGUUUAAAACUUGUAUAGCCCUAACAGAAAUACGUACAG